AUGGUUGGAAGUGUAACCAAAGUUGCCUUCAUCGUCUUGGUAACUCUGGCUAUUAACAUUCCAUGUCUUGAGGCUGGCAUUGGUGACUUUGAUAACUUUCUUAAAGCUCAGUCUGAAGAAGCUCAUAAAAUUGCUCUUGAAUCUUAUGUUCCAACACCCGAAUUGGUCACCAAUGAACUCAAUUAUCAUGUUCAUUUGUCAUUGAAAAACAUCUCAAGGAGGCAAUUAGGUCAAAAGAGUAACGCAGGAGUUUGUGAGAGCACCAACCCCAUUGAUAAUUGUUGGAGGUGUAACAAAGACUGGGCCAAUGAUAGGUACCAAUUGGCAAAAUGUGGAAAAGGUUUUGGAAGACGCGCUAUCGGAGGACUUGGUGGACCCAUUUAUGUUGUCACUGAUAAUUCCGAUGAGAACAUGACAGACCCUAAGGAAGGAACUCUCCGCUAUGCAGUGACUCAACAAGGUCCCUUGUGGAUCACCUUUGCACAUAGCAUGAUUAUCACUCUACAACAAGAGCUGUUGAUUUCCUCCGACAAGACCAUUGAUGGUCGUGGUGCCAACGUGCAAAUCCGGGAUGGUGCUGGCUUAACUAUUCAAUACGUCAACAAUGUUAUUAUCCAUGGGAUUCGCAUCAAGAACAUCGUGCCGAAGGAGGGCGGCAUGAUUAGGGACGCCUACAACCAUGUUGGAUUCAGAACUAGGAGUGAUGGUGAUGCCAUCUCUGUUUUCGGAGCCUCCAAUAUUUGGAUUGAUCAUAUUUCCCUCUCUUACAGUGCUGAUGGUCUUAUUGAUGUCAUCCAAGGCUCCACUGCCAUCACUAUCUCAAAUUGCCACAUGACCAGACAUAACGAUGUGAUGUUGUUUGGAGCUAGUGACACCUACAAUGGAGACAAGAUCAUGCAGAUAACACUGGUAUUCAAUCACUUUGGGCAAGGACUAAUCCAGAGGAUGCCAAGGUGUCGUUGGGGAUUCUUUCACGUUUUGAACAAUGACUACACUCACUGGAUGAUGUAUGCAAUAGGUGGAAGCGCAGGGCCAACAAUUUUAAGUCAGGGAAACCGUUUCAUUGCCCCAAACAAUGAUGUUGCAAAGGAGAUCACACACAGGAUCAAUGCUGGAGAAGAAGUGUGGAAGAAUUGGCAGUGGCAAUCAGAUAUGGACCUUUUGAUGAAUAAUGCAACGUUCCAGACUUCAGGGGCACCAAUCCAGAUUACACAUAAAAAGGGUCUCAUAAUGAAGCCAAGAGAUGGCGCUCAUGCUAGCAGGCUAACUCGGCAUUCUGGUGCCCUGAAUUGCUUUGUUGGCCAACCUUGCUAG